AAGUGGGUGGCAGCGGGGAGGUAGCGACCCACCUCUCCGGAAGGCGAGGGUUUUCUCUCCAGCCGGUGCAGUCUUCGGUUCCAGGUAGUUGGGCUCCGAGAAAGCGCCAACCCCGCCGAGGUCUUCUGCACCCGCACGUGCUUUCGGCUUCCCUGGACUGCACCACCCCGCAUCGGUGCGGACCUAGGCUCAGCCUGCGGAACCUCGCCAUUCUCGGCCCCUCUCUCUGCGGUGCAGUUAGGCCGCGCCCUGAGGCCCAGUCCCUAGCGGCCCCGGCGGGUGAUGCCAAAUACAGCCAUGAAGAAGAAGGUACUGCUGAUGGGGAAGAGCGGGUCGGGCAAGACCAGCAUGAGGUCGAUCAUCUUUGCCAAUUAUAUUGCUCGCGACACCCGGCGCUUGGGUGCCACCAUUGAUGUGGAGCACUCCCACGUCCGAUUUCUGGGGAACCUGGUGCUGAACCUGUGGGACUGUGGUGGUCAGGACACCUUCAUGGAAAACUACUUCACUAGCCAGCGAGACAACAUCUUCCGUAAUGUCGAGGUUUUGAUUUAUGUAUUCGACGUGGAGAGCCGUGAAUUGGAAAAGGACAUGCAUUAUUAUCAGUCAUGUCUGGAGGCCAUCCUCCAGAACUCUCCUGACGCCAAAAUCUUCUGCCUAGUGCACAAAAUGGAUCUGGUUCAGGAGGAUCAGCGUGACCUGAUUUUUAAGGAGAGAGAGGAAGACCUGAGGCGUUUGUCUCGCCCUCUGGAGUGCGCUUGUUUUCGAACAUCCAUCUGGGAUGAGACGCUGUACAAAGCCUGGUCCAGUAUUGUCUAUCAGCUGAUUCCCAACGUUCAGCAGCUGGAGAUGAACUUAAGGAAUUUUGCGCAAAUUAUUGAGGCCGAUGAAGUUCUGCUGUUCGAGAGAGCUACGUUCUUGGUUAUUUCCCAUUACCAGUGCAAAGAGCAGCGUGACGUCCACCGCUUUGAGAAGAUCAGCAACAUCAUUAAGCAGUUCAAGCUGAGCUGCAGUAAAUUGGCCGCCUCUUUCCAGAGCAUGGAGGUCAGGAAUUCUAACUUCGCUGCAUUCAUCGACAUCUUCACAUCAAACACGUAUGUGAUGGUUGUUAUGUCUGAUCCAUCGAUCCCUUCUGCAGCCACUCUAAUCAACAUUCGCAAUGCCAGGAAACACUUUGAGAAGCUGGAGAGAGUGGAUGGUCCCAAGCACAGUCUCCUUAUGCGUUAAAUAUUGUUAAAUGCUGUUGCUGAAGAUGCUAAAUUGCUUUUUUUUUGUUUUGUUCUUGGCACCCUCUCUUUUUAAUACUCAUAAUGUUGUGUGCUUAAAAGUGGGCUUUGAAAUGUGUGCUGCUUACUAGUUCCGUCUCUUUCUUCCCCACUCCCAUUCUUUAAACAUUGGACACUAGUUACUCAGCUGUCCAGUAGAGCUUCAAGAUGACCUUUCUGAAAAGUUGGUAUGGUGUAACACUAAAGUAGGUGGUUUGUGGGUGUGUUCUGAUUACCUGGUCCUAAUAGAUAAGCACAUCAAAGCCUUUACCAAUAUCUGUAUUCCUUAUUAGUUUGCAAAGAUGGAAUGUUACUAUUUUAUCAGCAAGGAAUUAAAAUGCAUUUAUAAAUUC